AUGGUCUUCUGUGGUGUGGCAGUUUUCUGUCUGUGGGUGUCCUGCCGCUCUGCCGCGGGACAGCUCGAAUACUCAGCGCUGGAAGAGACCAAGCGGGGCGUGGCCGUAGGCAGUGUGGCCGCGGACUUAAAGCUGUCAGCGGCCACUCUGUCCUUGCGGAACUUUCGCUUCCGUUCCAGCCACAGCGAGUCUUACUUCGGGGUGGAUCUGUCCAGAGGUAGCUUGGUGGUCCGAGAGCCGGCAGACCGUGAACGGCUCUGCAAGGCCAAAGGUGCCUGCGUCUUGAUCAAUGAGCUGGUGCUCGAGGACCCGCUGGAGCUGCACAAGAUGCGCGUUCGUGUCCUGGACACCAACGACCACUCACCUCUUUUCCCGGCUGGCGACGUGCAGCUGCACAUCGCAGAGUUCCUGAUGCCUGGAGCCCGCUUUACCCUCCCUAAUGCCCAAGAUGCCGACGAGGGAAGCAACGGGGCGCUAAGCUACAGCCUGAGCCCUAGCCAGCACUUUCGCUUGGACGUGGGGUCCCGUAUCGACGGCAGCUAAUACCUAGAGUUGGUACUGCAGAAAGCCCUGGAUCGCGAGCAGCGCGCCACCCAGCGUUUGGUGCUCACCGCCCGGGACGGUGGGCAGCCCGCCCGCUCCGGAGAUGCACAAGUCACCAUCUUUGUGGUGGACACAAACGACAGUGCGCCUGUAUUUGAGCGCACAGUAUACCGCACCAAAGUGCCAGAGACUACACCCAACGGGACUGUGUUAUUCCGAGUUCAGGCCUCGGACCCGGAUGAAGGUUCCAAUGGGGAAAUCCGGUACUCCUUAAGCAACAGCACGCAAGCAAAGCUGCGACAACACUUUAACGUGCACCCUAAAAAUGGGGAGGUGCGGACAGCUGCUGCAGUAGGUCCGCCUGAAACACUGUUGGAGGCAUACAUCAAGACGAGGGAUGAAGGUGCCUUCGGCCUGGCGAGCACCACCAAACUGCUGGUGGAAGUAACCGAUGUGAGAGAUGAUGCUCCUGAGGUGAACCUCGUGACUCUCUCUAGUCCAGUUUCCCAAGACGCUGCCCCUGGCACAGUGAUUGCUCUCUUUAGUGUAAGGGAUGAGGACCUCGGUCCCAAUGGUAAGGUCAUUUGCAGCAUGUCCAGAGGCGGCCCUUUUAAGCUGAAGGCUUCCUUUGGCAACUACUAUAGUUUGCUGACUGAUGGGCCACUGGACUGGGAGCAGGUCAGCAAAUACCAGGUCCUGAUCACCGCCUCAGAGGGUGGCUCACCCCCACUUAGCACCCGCAGGACACUGACUGUGUCAGUUGCUGAUGUAAACCACAAUACACCAAGCUUUCCUCAACAGCAAGAAGAGUUUUUUGUGGCUGAAAAUAAUGGCCCCGGGGCCUGUCUAGAUCGUAUGUUUGCCUGGGACCCUGACCUAGGGAAGAAUGGCCUUGUCUUCUAUGAGCUGUUGGAUAUUAUCUCUGAAGGGCAGACUGCUUCUAGCAUGGUGGCAGUAGAGUCAUCUAGUGGGACUCUCACUGCCAAAACUUCCUUUGACUCUGAGCAGCUCAGGGGGCUUCACUUCCAGGUGGAAGCCCGAGAUGGUGGCAUUCCUCACAGGAGUGCAGCAGUGACUGUGAGCCUGUUUGUGGUAGACAGGAGUGACAAUCCAGUCAUCUUGUUUCCCUUGCCCAGCAACGGCUCUGUCCCAGUGGAAAUUGUGCCUCACUCUGCCAGAACUGGACAUCUGGUUGCAGAAGUCGUAGCAGAGGAUGCAGAUAGUGGCGCCAAUGCCUGGUUUUCCUACCACAUCUCUCAGGCUUCUGACUCUAGCCUUUUCCGAAUUUCAGCCAAUAUGGGAGGCCCUCUUACUGCUCACUUAGUUCUUCCCACUGAUGCAGUAAGGCGAAGGGUGGUGGUAGUGGUUCGGGAUCAUGGAGACCCAUCGCUUUCCGCCUCUGUCGCACUGGGUGUGCUGUUGAGCAUUUUCUCUCACGUGCUUCCUGACUUUGAGGAAACCUGGGAAACAGGAGGGCACCUUUCUGCCCAGAACCUGUAUUUAGUAAUUGCCCUGGCCUGUAUCUCCUUUUUAUUUCUGGGGUGCUUACUUUUCUUCAUGUGUGUCAAGUUGAUCCAGAGCCCAGGUUGUUGCUCUCAGAGCUGCUGUCACUCUCCAGAGGAGCCGAGGUAUGGAAGGAAGAUGGCUUCAAGUCCUUGCAUGACAUCAGCCACAAUAGAUGUCACUACAGUCGAGAGACUUUCUCAGACCUAUCUCUACGGGGCCUCUCUAGGACUUAGUUCUCAUAAUAACGGUCAGCUGUUGCAUGGAGAAUACAGUGCUGCUGACCUGAGAAAUCUGAUCGCUGGGGUAGGACUGAAUUUGCCAAUAUCGCGUAUUCAGAUUCAGAAUAGGAAAGGGGAUCACGCAAAUAUCAAUGCCAUGGUAAGCAAAUUUAUGGGAUUUUAUUUCUUUGACCAGCUGCUAGUUAUGUUCUGAAAUGUUUCUUAGAUGAGC